CAGCACAGAGAACGUAACUUUUGCAGCAUAAAAUUUCGAAACAUUUUCCGUGUUUGUCCUUCGGCUGCCAAUUUUACAAUUUCCCUGUGUGUUAUGCACCCAUAGCACAACGCUUUGGUUUGCAAAUCCGAACGAAGCACACACUGGUGUAGCUUUCUACCGAUUGCGAUUGUACAAGGUCGUGCUGGACGUGUUUUUGUGCCCCAGCAGGGUAAGAAAAAAAACUGCGUAGACAAAAGAAUGGUGCUUCUUCGUCGAGAUUACUGAACAACUUGCCCACCUUGCAGCGAACGAGUAUUGUGAAGAAACACCCGUAGGUCGUGAAAGGCCACACAGUUGCAGUUGCUUCAACGCCGAGCUGUACGCGUUUUCGGUAUCAGAUUGCUGUGAACCACCUGCAGAAUCACUGCACACAUCGAGUAGCCGUGGGGGCAGGUAUUGCAUUCCGUGUCAGAACGAUGCUGGCACCGCUGCGAGAAGUUGUAGGUUUGUGCUUUAGCAACCGAGCAUCAACCGAACGUCGCCUUCCCGUGGCGCAGUAAGGCGUAGGUGUUUGUAUUCACCCCCCGACAUCCCGAGAGUAGUUUCGCCAGGUCCGGAGGUUGGAAUCUGGACCGAAGCCAUCUUACCACUCUCGGAAAACAGAAAACAGCACCAUGGAGGGUGACAUUUGUCGAGUGUGCCGCUGUGAGGCCCAAUCCGAUCGGCCCCUGUUCCAUCCAUGCAUCUGCACCGGCAGCAUCAAGUGGAUACAUCAGGACUGUCUGAUGCAGUGGAUGCGCUACUCACGCAAAGAGUACUGCGAGCUGUGCGGGCACCGAUUUUCGUUCACGCCGAUCUACUCGCCCGACAUGCCACGCGUGCUUCCGCUGAAAUACGUCGCCAAAGGAUUGCUCAGUUCGGUUGGUACGGCCGUCAAGUACUGGAUACACUAUACGCUCGUCGCACUCGCGUGGCUGGGAAUUGUGCCACUGACGGCGUACCGAACGUAUCGAUUCCUGUUUUCCGGCUCGAUCGAAAUGGUCCUCACGCUACCGAUUGAUAUGUUCUCGACGGAGAACAUUACGAUCGACGUGUUUAGGGGAUGCUUUGUGGUCACCUGCACACUGUUCACGUUUAUCGGUCUCGUAUGGUUGCGGGAGCAGAUCAUUCAUGGCGGUGGUCCGGAUUGGCUCGAGCGGGACGAUCCCCAGGUACCGGAAGCGCCCGCAAAUGGAAACGGGCCAGCCAAUGUGCGUCAACCGGAAGCUGAAGUGCCCGACGACGAUGCGGCCAAUAAUAACAAUAACAACAACAACAAUGAUGCACCUGCACCAGCAGCCGAUGAGCCACCGGAACCGGUUAUAAACGAACCCGAAGCGGAAGCAGCUGCCGAUGAAGCGAACUGGAAUCCGAUGGAAUGGGAACGGGCAGCGGAAGAGCUUACCUGGGAAAGGUUGCUCGGUCUCGACGGUUCGAUGGUGUUUCUCGAGCACGUAUUCUGGGUCGUUUCCCUGAAUACCGCUUUCAUAGUGUUGUUUGCCUUCUGUCCCUACUCGAUCGGAAACUUUCUGAUAUCGUUCCUUGGCAUCAAUGCACCCGGCAAACAGCUGACGUACUUUCACGGGCUGCUUACCACCAUGCUGGGCUACUGUGUGAUCGGCAUUACCCUGGUGAAGUUACAUGCGAUCGCACGGUUUCUGCGCUGGAGACGUCAACGUCGCAUUCUGGGCCUGUGCUACAUCGUGGUAAAGGUAUCGCUACUGUCCGUGGUGGAAAUUGGUGUGUUACCGCUCGUUUGCGGCUGGUGGUUAGACAUCUGCUCACUGCCAAUGUUUGAUGCCACGCUGAAGGAUCGUAAGGCGAGCUUUAAGGUUGCCCCCGGAACGUCACUGUUCAUCCACUGGAUGUUUGGCAUGGUGUACGUGUACUACUUUGCCUCGUUUAUUGUGCUGCUGCGCGAAGUGCUCCGGCCGGGUGUGCUAUGGUUUUUGCGCAAUCUAAACGAUCCCGAUUUUAGCCCCAUUCAGGAAAUGAUUCAUCUUUCGAUUUUGCGUCACACGCGCCGUUUGAUAUCGUCGGCCACGAUUUUCGGUUCAGCCGUACUGCUCAUGCUCUGGGCACCCAUACAAAUCCUAAAAACCUUCUGGCCCACAUUCCUGCCCUACACACUAUCAGGUGAUUCGGAAGUGAACGAGCUUAGUCUGCAGUUGCUGCUGCUUCAGUUUGUUCUGCCCAGCUUCUUCGAACAGUCGCACACCCGAAUCUGGUUGAAGGGUUUGGUGCGCAUCUGGUGCAACGUGGUGGCUCGUAUGCUUGGCAUAAAAAGCUACCUGCUUGGUGCGGAUCCCCGACCGAACGAGGAUGAUGCGGCACCGCCCAGACAGCAACCGGAUGCAGGUGCCGGAUUGGCCGCGGCCCAUCAAGCCAUCAUGCAGCGGGAUGUGCCGGUCGGAUUUCAGCCGUACGAACGGCCACAGUUAUUCGGCGUCCGGUUGAUUGGUUUGCUGCUGCUGAUGUGCAUUAGCUUAGCGAUCGGGUCGCUUGCCGUACUGACGAUUCCGGUGUGGAUCGGACGCUACGGAAUGGCGCUCGGAUCGAUCGGUUCGUCUAACAUUGCACCGCCUCCGAGUGCAGUUAGCAGCACGGGCACGGAAACACCGGCCCGGCCACAUGAACUGUACACCGCCGCCAUCGGGAUGUACCUCUGCUGGUUGAUAUCGCGUGGCAUCGCGCUGGCAGUAAAUCUGUUACCACAGGGACGGGCCGCCGUAAUCGCGCGCGUCAAACAUUGGAUGUCGAUUGCAACGUCGUACGCGAUGGCCAUGAUCGUGUUCGUGCACAUGCUCGGAGUUAUUCCGCUGAUGUUUGGGUUGCUGCUGGAGCUUGUCGUAGUGAUACCAUUGCGUGUGCCGCCGGAUCAAACGCCGGUCCUGUUCCUGUGGCAGGACUGGGCACUCGGUGUACUGUACACAAAGAUUGCCUGCGCGCUCACACUGAUGGGUCCGGACUGGGCCCUGAAGCGAGCGAUCGAACAAGCCUACCGGGACGGCUUGCGCGACAUGAACUUGAACUUCAUCGUACGCGAACUGGGCAUUCCGGUCAUAACGUGCUUCGGGUUGGCGCUGGCCGUCCCGUACGUGAUUGCACACUCGAUCCUGCCCCUGUUCUUUACGAAUCCGCUCACGCGAACAUUCUUCGCGCGCCAGAUCUAUCCCUUCUUCCUGCUGAUCGCGUUCGUGAUCGGUAUCCUAGUACUGCAGGUGCGCCAGUUCAAGAAGCUGUAUGUGGCGAUCAAGAACGACAAAUAUCUUGUCGGACAGCGGUUAGUGAACUACGAUCAUCAGCGCAAAAAACAACAGCAGCAGCGAACGAAUUCGCGUAGCAAUGGAAGCGCUGCAGUAGAGGCAAAAGGCGAACAAUCAAUCGUCGUGUGUGUGUGUGGACGUGUUAUGAUAUUUUUAAACUAUAUAAGUCCAACCACCAACCAACCAACAUCCUACUCCCUCGGAUCCUUGGCGCUCGCGCGCGUCAUUAGCAAUGUAUUAGUUGAGGUUUAAUCAUACCCUGGGGAAGGAAUUAUUCGAAUAUCGCCGCUCUAGCCGUAACACUUUACCAUUCGGGGGCACCCACAUUUGUGUUUCAAUUUCCAAAUUUUCCGGCCUAGUUGUGGCGCAUGUACACACCAACAACAAUUACAAAAAAACCAACCACACCAUUACGCAAAGGUAAAAUUCCAAUCCGCAGCCAAAACGGUGCUGCUAGUGGGGGCAAAUUGUUAAUAGAAAUAGUUUCUUCUUUCCUUAUUUAUCCGAUGUGUGAUAGUAAUUCUGUAACCGCGCCAGCUCCCGAUGAUAACCACCAUGAAUGUGCUAGCGAACAUUAGUUGUUUCUCUAUUUUAAUUGAGUUAUUUUUUAUGGCAGUUAUAGUUUUGUUUUACUAUCCGUUCACCUAUAUUCGCGCCAAAGGGGAGGGAUGAUUUAUUAUUUCUUUUCCUUGUACACCACCAAUGGUCUGUAGAUCCGCUUUUGUCGUGGUUUGGAAUCCGAGCCGGCAAAAGAAACGGCUGAAUGAAAGGACCCAAAAAAUGGAUCGAAAUGGUGCCGUGGACUGAACGAUAAUGAAGCGAUACUGUUGUGGGAAUAAAGGGAAACUUGGAAUAGGCUUGCGGAAUGGAAGCCAGUUAAGAAUUUAGCUAAAAUCUGUAAUAUAUCUUCAUGAAAUAAAAAGAAAGUGGAGUAAAGAAUACCCGAUGCCGCUUCUGCAUUGAUUCGGUUUGCUAACCGUGGAGAUCGUAAAGCGCAAUUCCUUCUGAACUGUUUGUAUGGCUACCCUGCAGCAAUGGUAAACGGAAUUUUAAAU